AUAAAAUAAAAGUGUUGUCCCAAAUAAUCUGUAAUUUUUGGGACAAAAAUUAAAAAUUCAGUCUCAAAUAAUAAACACACGCUUUGUAUCUCCUCUCCUAUGGGAACGUCUCUUUCUCUCACGGCUCCUCUCCCUUUUCUCCGUUAAUCUUAUUCCGCCUCAUCAAGUGAAUUCGCAGCUCUUUGAUCAUCGCCGGUAAGGGAAUACAUCAUUGAUGGAUAAGAGUUGGACAAAUCUCCCUUAUAGAUUUUGCCCCGAGUAUGAAGCCGGUGUGGAUGAUUUUAUUAGUUUUGCAAGUGCAAAGGCAGACAGUCUCAAUAGAAUUCGAUGUCCUUGUCGUUAGUGUAUGAACACAGAAUUUCACCCUGUGCCUAAUGUGAGAGAACAUUUAUUUAUGAAGGGAAUGGAUCGCGGGUAUACUAGAUGGGUAUAUCACGGAGAGGAGGAAUUAACUCACCUAAGCGUGGAUGAUGAAGGUGGUGAUGAUGGUGGUGGUGAUGCUGAUGACAACGAUGAGAUGGUUACAAUGAUUCGGGAUUGUCAAAGGGGAGCAUUCAUGGAUAAGUCAAUGGGAGAACCGCCUUGCAGUGAUGAACCUCAAAGGGAUGUAGGUCAAGAAAAUGAUAAAUUUGCAAGGACUUUAAUAGAUGCACAACGUCCUUUGUAUCCGAAUUGUCACAAGUUCUCGAAUUUAUCUUUUCUUGUGAAGUUGCUCCAUAUUAAGAAUAUUUGUAGUUGGAGCAACGAAUCAUUUAACUUGGUUCUUGACUUAUUCAAAGAGGCAUUGCCUGAAGGGGAGGCAUUGCCAACUAACUAUUACGAGGCAAAAAGCAUCAUUCGGGACUUGGGACUUAGAUAUGUCCGUAUACAUGCAUGUAUGAACGAUUGUGUAUUGUUCUGGAAGGAGCACGCCGAUAAAGAAAAUUGUCCGGUAUGUGGAGAAUCUAGAUGGAGGUUUCAAGAAGAUAAGAAGAAAAAAAAAGUGGCCAAAAAGGUCUUAUUUUACUUUCCGCUUAAGAAGAGAUUACAACAACUCUUUUUGUCAAAGAAGACGACUUCGCUCAUGAGUUGCCAUAAGGAGAAGCGUGUUGUUGAGGAUACAAUCUUACGACAUCCUGCGGAUUCCGAGGCUUGGAAGAAAUUUGACAAAGACCAUGAAUGGUUUGCUCAAGAUCCUCGGAAUGUUCGCUUUGGUCUAGCAAGUGACGGUUUCAACCCUUUCGGUAACAUGAGUACGAAAUAUAGUAUUUGGCCAGUGGUGUUAAUGUCGUACAAUUUACCACCGUGGAAAUGCAUGAAGGAGCAAUUUUUUAUGUUGUCGCUACUUAUUCCGAGGCCAAAUUCACCUGGCAAUGAUAUAGAUGUUUAUCUACGCCCAUUAAUAGAUGAGAUGAAAGAGUUGUGGGAAAAUGGUGUGGACACAUAUGAUGCCGUGAAAGAGCAGUAUUUUAGGCUGCAUGCUGCUAUUUUAUGGACUAUAAAUGAUUUUUCGGCCUAUGCAAAUUUAUCUGGGUGGAGCACAAAAGGGAAGUUGGCAUGCCCUACGUGCAAUAAAGAUACUUGUCAUUUACGAUUGAAGCAUGGAUUCAAGACUGCUUAUAUGGAUCACCGUCGUUUUCUCCCUCUCGAUCAUCCUUUGCGGAAGAAGACGAGAAUGUUCAAUGGUAAGCAAGAGCAUAGGCCUAAACCUAUAGGAUUAUCUGGGGAUGAAGUGCUAGAACAAUUGAGCCAUAUAGGUAAGGUAACUUUUGGGAAGUCACAGAAUAAGAAGAGGAAGCGUACAGAUGAAGAGUUGAAUUGGUUGAAGAAAAGUACUUUUUUUGAGUUGCCUUAUUGGAGGACUUUGUUAUUACGACAUAAUUUGGAUGUCAUGCACAUUGAGAAGAACAUAUGUGAUAGUGUUUUAGGGACUUUGAUGAACAUUGAGGGGAAAACAAAGGAUACCGUCAAGGCUCGAAAAGAUUUAAAGCUUAUGGGUAUCCGCAAGGAACUUCACUUACAAGAAAAUAAAAAUGGGAGGCAAUUAAUGCCUCAAGCGUGCUUCACUUUGCCUAAAGAGAAGUGUAAGGACUUUUGUGACUUUAUCAAAUCUGUGAAGUUUCCUGAUGGUUAUGCUUCAAAUGUUUCUCGCUGCAUAAGUACUAGAGAUGGUAAAAUAUCAGGGUUGAAAAGUCAUGAUUGUCAUGUUUUCUUAUAGAGGAUACUUUCUAUUGGGAUGCGUGGGUACUUAGAUGAUGAUGUGGCAACCAUAAUCAUUCAAUUGUGUUUUUUUUUAGGGAUUUGUGUUCUAAAACCUUGAAACUUGAGGUCUUAGAACGCCUAGAAAGGGAUAUUGCCUUCAUACUUUGCAAGUUAGAAAGUAUUAUGCCACCUGCAUUCUUUGAUAUCAUGGUUCACUUAGCGAUUCACUUGCCGAGCGAGGCAAAAAUUGGUGGACCGGUGAAUUAUAGGUGGAUGUAUCCGGUUGAAAGAUAUUUACACACUCUCAAGUGCUAUGUUAGAAACAAGGCUCGGCCGGAAGGUUCUAUUGCGGAGGCUUAUAUCAAUAAUGAAUGCCUUACCUUUUGUUCAAUGUAUCUCCACAACAUUGAGACGAGAUUCAACCGAGGGGAGAGAAAUUGUGAAUGAGAUCAAGAAGAUGUAACAAGAAAGAGAGGUGGACAACUAUCUGUUUUUGAGAGGUGGACAACUAUCUGUUUUUGCACAGAAGGUUCGUCCAAUAGGAACAAAAAUUUAUGAGAAUUGGUCACUUGCAGAUUUGGCAAAGGCUCAUUGGUAUGUGCUCAAUAAUUGCACGGAAGUGGAAAAAUACAAAGAGGAAAAAAUGUAAAUGCCAUGGAGACCUUGCAUCGAGACCGAUUUCCUAAAUGGUUUGAAAGUUAUAUGAAAAAGUUGCACAGUGAAACUUCAGAAGAAGUUACAGAUGAAUUGUUCACAUUAGCGUGUGGACCAGAUUCUAAUGUGGUGCGGUACUGUGGAACGAUUGUCAGUGGAAUUAGGUUUCAUACCAAAAAGCUCGAGGAAAAUCGUAAGACCCAAAACAGUGGAGUGGUUGUUAAAGAUUUUUAUGGAGAUGAAGAUAUUGAUUAUUAUGGUGUCUUAGUUGAUGUGAUCUCUAUGAGCUACUGUGGAGGUCGUCAAGUAUAUCUUUUCAAGUGUGAUUGAUGGGAUGUUGGAAAUAAGAAAUUGGGAAUUCGUAAUGAUGGGCGCUUCACGAGCGUAAAUGUGGCUCGCACAUGGUGUUUGGAUGACUCUUUUGUAUUUGCAUCUCAAGCUAGCCAGGUCUUUUAUGUGAAGGACAUCAAAUUGGGUGGUUCUUGGCGUGUGGUUCAAAAGGUACAGCCUAGAAAUUUGUAUGAUGUUCUUGAGGCAGUUGUGGAGGAGGAUUCUGAUAUAGAUGGUGACGACAUCUACUCAAAUAAUGAGGUUGAUGCUUAUCAAUUAAAUGAGGUAGAUGUGAACAGACAUAUAGAUAUGGAGUAUCUUGAAAGAGAAGACAUGGGACCAGACUGCGUAGAUCCCACUAUCGAACAAGAUAAUAUGUUGGAUGAUGAUGAGAGUUUGCUUGGAAGUAGCGCAGAUGAAGAUCUCUCGGUCGGUGACUUUGACAGGGAUAGUGAUGUAGAAGAUGAAGAUGCAAUUUUGGUUGAUGACAUUGAUAGUGACAUAGAAGAUGAAGAUGAGAUUUAGGUUUAAAUCUGGUAUAUUGUGGUUUGUCUGUUCUUUAUAGUUUUUGAACUUAAUUUGUAUAGAACUGUUAAUGGUAAUGGAAUGCAGGCAGUUAGUAAUAAGGGAAACAAGAAAUUGAGUUCAUACUCCAGGUUUCUCUGCCUUCGUUGAUGCCAAAGUUCGAAUAACAAGAAAUUUAAUUAUGUUCUUGAUUGUUGGACUCCUUGAUGCACUGUUCUCAUGUAGAAAAAGUCUAUUUAUAGCAGAGUUGUGCAGCUGUCACUAGGGAAAUAUUUUCUUGAUUGUGGAGCAAUUGAAUCCCAAAUACGAGCCAAUAAUUUCUUUCCAAAUUUUGUAUUCCUCAGUGCGGUUUUUGGGUCAAAUGUAAAUAAUUUAUGGUACAAAAGUGAUUGCUCUGAGAUUGUUUAUUUGAUUAAUGAGUGAAGAUUUGUGUAAACACAUGGAGAAACAUAGCAUUUUACGGGCACCUAGUUUGGAAAAAUUCCCAAGUUUAAUGGCAUGCCAGAAAAGCCAUCAAUUAAGCACAAAACAAUGAAGAAACAUCUGAGAUUUGUUGAUGUAGAGGAAAAACCAUCAAGCAAGUGUGGAGUAAUGGAAAAACACCCAAGUUUUCAUUGUCCACUAGAAAAUCAGACGGGCAGUAGUGGGUUAAUGGAUAAACAGAAGAGUUUUCGUGGGCUUAUGGAGAACCUAAACAGAACAGAGUUGCUCUGGCUUUAAAAACAGAGUUGCCCUGCCUUGCAUGUUGUUAAUUAGUCAAGAACUACUAAAUUUAUCAACUUUAGAACACAUGGAAUCAAUCCAUUGAUAUGAUUGUUAAAAAUUGUUUCAGAAUAUCACAUAAUCUUUGUGAAAUACCAUGAAUUCGCCAGUACAAGCAAUGUCUUCCAAAACUUUUCAUAUGAAAUCAUUAAUGGAGACCAAAGUCUUGAGAGAUGAAGUGCAUUUGCAUAGUAUUGGACUGAUAGCAUUCUGGUGAGCAUAUAAUUUCGAGUUCAGUUCAUGCAGUAAUGAUCAAUAGCUUCCUACUCUUAUAGGAGGUUUCAAACUACUUAAAUAAUAAUCUCAAACCCUAAUCACGUUCUAUUUAUCUGCGAUCAGUUCAGUAACUGGUGUAUGUUAUACAAAGGAUUAUAUGUCGUUUCAAACGGAUCCUAAAAUCUUAAACUCUAAACACUAAAGUCGUAAACCUCAAAGCUUAUGGCCAGUGAUGUUCUCGUGGUCUAGGAUAUGGGAUGCCACCACCAUUUACUAUUGGGUGUAAACGGUUGCACACUCAGGCUGAAAUGGAUGAAAUGAGGCAGCAGUUGCGUUUUGAGGUACGGGAGGAAAUGAUGGCUGAAAUGGAGGAAACAGUUAACCGACGAGUAGAUAUUCGGAUUCAAGAACAUUUGGCGCGACUUGAACUUGGUGCACAUUCCUCCCAUCCUUCUACUGAUGGUGGUUCUUCACAUCCAUCUCUCACUAACAAUGGAAAUUGACUAUUUGAAUGGUCCAGCUUGGCCUUGCAUUUGGAGAACUAGUUCUGUCACUGCAUUUGAAGAAUAAGUCGUUUGACAUUUUAAUCCAUUCUAUUUUACUGUUUCAACUUUAAUUCCACUCAUUGUAAUUAAACAAUAUCACUUUGUCUCUAUCUUAGGUUGGACCAUUUCAAUAUAUAUAGUUUGUCAAUAUAUUUUUGGGCCAAA